CUUCGGAGCCUCAGAAAAGAAAGACACGAACAGAGACAACGCUCUCUCAUCUGCGAAUCGUAAUCCUUGUUAUCGUCUUCCUCAUCGUUCUCCGUCACGAUUUAUUUCUUCUAACUUUUGUUCGGUAAAAUCUUUACUUCGUUUAACCACAAAUGUUCCUUCCAUUACUGUUUUACUUGAAUCUAUAAUAAAGUUUUUUCUUUUCGCAAACGGAUCCUACCUUUUUUUUUUGCUAAAAGUUCUUAACCUUUUCUGCGUUUUUAGCAAUAGAUCCCACGAAAGUUUCUUUUUUUUUUUUAAUUGAUACUUGGAUUCGCGGAAUUUUAUUAUUUAGGGUAUAAGUUUGUUUCCAUUCACUUUAUUCUCUUGUUCUACAAGCGAUGCUGGAUUUUUCUCGUUUUUUUUAAUAUUUUCCUUUGUAAAUGAGAAGAGAAUUGAAGAACCCUAAAUCUGAUUUCUCGAUGGAACACGUGGUAUUGAUGAUUCAGAAUCUCCCUAUGGUUUUCAUCGUACUCUGGGCAAGAUGCAUCUCAAGGCCCCUGAACAUCAGGUUGCAGGACACAUUGCUAAAGACGGGAAGCCUGGUCCUCUAGUCGACGACAAGGGCCGGUUCUUCAAGCCACUCCAGGGGGAUUCUCGUGGUGAAAUCGAGGUCAAGUUCUACGAAUCUUUCUCCUCAAACACAGAGGUCCCUGCUCACAUCCGUAGAUACUUCCCAGUGUAUCACGGCACUCAAGCUGUUGAAAGCUCUGAUGGAGCAGCCAUGAUUGUGCUGGAGAAUCUCCUUUCGAAGUACUCUAAGCCAUCGGUGAUGGAUGUCAAGAUGGGUUCGAGAACAUGGUACCCUGAAGCAUCCGAAGAAUACAUCCAAAAAUGCUUGAGGAAAGACGCUAGGAGCACCACCGUGUCCUCUGGUUUCAGGAUCUCUGGCUUCGAGGUGUACGACCACAAGGAACUGAGUUUCUGGAAGCCCGACAGGAAGCUUCUGAACGGGAUCAAAGUCGACGGCGUGAGACUGGCUCUUCGGAAGUUCGUAUCUUCCAACACACUCUCUGACACCAGCUCGAAACCCGACUCUGCUUUUGCGUCUAGCGUUUACGGCGGUUCCAACGGGAUCUUGACGCAGCUGUUGGAGCUCAAGACGUGGUUCGAGAACCAGACGUUCUACCAUUUCAACUCGUGUUCGAUUCUGAUAAUCUACGAGAACGAGUCCAUACAAGAUGGUGAUGCUCGAGCACAAGUCAAGCUGGUGGAUUUCGCUCAUGUUCAUGAUGGUAAUGGCGUCAUCGACCAUAACUUCUUGGGUGGGCUCUGUUCUUUCAUCAACUUCGUUCGUGAUAUUCUUCAGAGCUCAGAUGAUCAGUCUACACAAGACUGAAGAGUAUUUACAUAUACAUGGCACCACUGAAGGAGCAUUAGAUUUAAAGUUUUUUUUUAUAUUACUUUUGGGUUGGCUGAUUCAUUUUUGUGGAUUUAUACCAUGUCUCCCUCGAAUAUUCUUGGUUAUCUAAAGAGUAUACAUACAUUCGUACUACUCUUUUGUCUUCUCUUCAUAUAUGCUAAGUUUUCAGCUUUUGGACUA